AUGAGCUCUUCUCCGGCAAACCCUUUUCUAUCACCAACCAGAACGGGUCGUCGCAAGGAGAGACGGAAUCCGUCCGUCACACCUAGAAGGUUUGGCCGCUUCUUCACGCCUCGAUCAAACUUGCCACCCGAAAGCCGAGCUGCUCUACGAAGUCUUGAUGCAUCCGCUACCAACUGUCAACUUAUUUCACCCCAAUCACUCGCCAGUGAUGUCCUCAGCUCGGACCCUAUAUGUCCUUCGUCACCAACUGAGGCUUUGGGGCAAGUGGAUGGCGCAGGAGAGAAAAGAAAACGACUUGAUCACUGUCAAGUUGUCCGAAAACGGCGACGGGGCUUGAUUGAUGAGGACUCGACUCCUCCACCACUCCAAUUUCCAGGAAGAAGCUUCCACAUGUCACGGGAUGGCGAUGUGCAAAUGGUAGAAGCUCGUUCAGAUACAAGAGAAGGCUUAGAUGACAGGCGGCGAGCCACUUUGAGUCACUUCUUUAAAGCUAGUCGCAGUGGAAGUAUCACCGGCACGGAAGAAAAGCCAUUUCCUGCUGCCCCUUGCAUUCAAUCGUCUGAACCGAGAACAAACCUGACACUCGAAGGCUAUCGACCAAAGCCCAUUCGCAAAUUUCGAGGCCGUGGGUUUGAAGCUCAGCUACUGGACCGAGAGCACGGAUUUGCUUCUCACUCUGGCAAGCAAUAUCUCAACUUUCCGGCUGGCGACCCUAGGGCACUCACGGCUCCCUUUUAUAGCAAAAGUUAUGACACGCACCACUGUACCUCAUAUACUAGUCAAGGAAAUACGAUCCCCUUUAGCCUUGCAAGCUGUCACAAUGCUCCUGUGACCGUCAUUGGCGAUGAGCAAGGCUUUGUGCGGCUGUUCAAUACCACUACUGCUGAUGGGCCUGUCGACUCCAAGGUAGAUGCCCAUAUCAAAGUCCACGAUAAUGCAAUUAUGGAUUUGGACUUGUCCACGGAUGAUUUCCGACUGGCAACAGCUUGUGGAGAUCGGACCGGCAAAAUCGUCGACGUGGUCACACAGUCCGUCGCAGUUGAACUGGCCGGUGGACACUGGGAUUCCCUCCGACAAGUUGCCUUCCAGCCCGGCACCGCCAACGGCACCGCUCUCGCUACAUCAGAUCGAGCUGGCCGUGUCCAAAUAUGGGAUUUGCGUUGUUCGCAAGUACCAAUACAUUGCUUCUCAACAGCCAACCCCAACGGCACCGGUAACCGUGACACCACCCUCGACCCCAUCACUGCUAGAACAAUCAACACCAUCGACAAUGCCCACGAACGCAGAGUACAGGGCAUAACAUCUGUAGCCUCCGUCACCGCCAUACAAUGGCUCCCCCCCGGCAGGGAACACCUCCUCCUCACUGCCUCCGAGGCCAAUGCCUCCAUCAAACUCUGGGACACGCGAUACAUCAAGCCGCGCCGUCAAAAUGAGGAGACACCCCUCGCCAUAACGCCGCAGCCCAUGUCCCACGCAUGGCGGUCCUACGGCAUCACAUCCCUGGCCCUCAGCACCGACGCCUCCCGCCUUUAUGCCGUCUGCAAAGACAGCACCGUAUACGCAUACUCUACAACACACUUGAUGCUCGGUCACGCCCCUGAACUUGACAAUUUUGCACCCAAACGCAGGCCGACCGGGACAGAGGGGCUGGGCCCUCUGUACGGCUUGAAGCACGACCAGUUCCGGGCCUCGUCCUUUUACGUCAAGUGUGCCCUGCGUCACCGCACCCCCAUGAACAACUACCAGCAUGAACUCCUGGCCGUCGGCAGCACCGACAGCUGCGCGGUGCUCUUCCCCACCGACGAGGGCUACCUGUACUCGAGCUGCGCUAAACACGCACAUGACCUCGAGAGAAGCACGAGUACCAGCGCGCUUACACCCUUGCAAUCCUUCUCCGCAAACACGCCGGCGUCGGCGGGCACGGGGCCGUCAUCAUCGCCUAUUCCUAUCUUUCGCGUGGGCACGCCCCUAGUGCGCGGGCAUUCCCGUGAGGUGACGAACCUGAACUGGUCGCACGACGGGAAGCUGGUGACCGCCUCGGACGACUACUUUGUUCGGCAGUGGCAGGCGAAUGAGGCUGAGGCAAGACAUCUCAGGCAGGUGGGUGAGUUUGGGGGCGAGCGACACAUGGCUGGAUGGGCGGAGGUAGGACCUACUUGGGACGAUGAUGAAGCAUAA